UGGGCAGCCGCUUCACUUUCUGCCGUCCAUGUUUCUGCCUCUCUUUAUAAUGGUUGAGGUUUGAAAGGGGUGUGGCUUUGAGGGAGGCGUGGUUUGUGGUGUCUGAAAAAUAAAAUGGCGGACGUUGAUGGGCUGGGCCUCUUUUUGUGAUUUUAAAAAGAAAAACAUAUGACUCGGUUUUGAAUGUUCCUUCUGUGUCGCGUAGGAAACAACCGUGAUCGGAACACAAUGGAUUUUAUUCCACACAACGGAUAAAAGAACCGAAGCUUUUAAUUUUAGGUGCGUGUUGAGGCGGAGGGAUCAACUCUGAAUGUACCUUUUAUCCCGAAUUUGCCCAUUUAUUUCUAUCAGGAAGACAGGGUCCCUCCCUGAUCUGUUCAGGUGUGGCCCCCUGCCCUGACCGCCUAGCUCCAGGUCACGGGGCCACCUGUCUCCGGGGCCCAUGGACUUAUCACCAGCCGCGGGCUUCAAGAAGAGGCCCUCGGCCCCUUCUCCAAAUGGGCACAUGGACGUGGCAAAGAGCCCCCCUCCCUACUCCCCCACCUCCAGCCCCUCGUCCCCCUCCUCCUCGCCCUCCUCCCCCUCGUCGGUGUCCUCCUGUCCCAGCGCCACGGCGACGGGCUGUCCCGACGACGUGAAGGACCCCCCGGACGGCGGCGGCGGCGGUGGCAGGGCCAGGCUGUCCGGGGACACGGUGUCGUCCACCUCGGCCUCGGUGCCGUCCCUCUCCAGCUCCGCCUUCUCAUCCUCGGACCGCCCCGGCCCCGGGCGCCGACCGGCCGCCGACCGGCCCCUGGAGCGGGGCUGCAGGGAGAUAUACGACCCCUUCCACCCGACGGACGGGGAGCUGGACGGGAGGGCCAUGGAGGAGGACGAGGACGACGAGGACGAUGACGACGAAGGGGACAAAUACGACCCCUUUGACCCCACGGGCUCGCCGGCGUCGGACGGCGAGGAGGGGCCCGGCGCCGAGGAGCGGGGCGGGAAGAAGGGCGGCGGCGGAGCGGGAAAGAAGCUGAAGAAGGAGCCGCCCCCGGACUCCACCGCCCUCCUCCUCCCCCGGCCCCUCAUCAAGCUCUCGCUGCGGCGGCGGCUGGACCGGCCCCCCAACGCCAGCCAGCGCGAGCGCGGCUGCGACCUCUCGGACCACUCGGAGAUCGAGGAGGGGGAGAUCGUCCCCUCGGUCAACGAGGCGGGCGGCGGCGGCGCCCAGCGGGCCGCCAUGAUGCCGCCGCUGCCCUCGGACGGGCCGUUCUCCGUGGGCACCAAGCCGGAGCGCGUCCUGCGGCUGCUGGACAGCGACGGCUUCGUGUCGGUGCGCACGGAGAGCGCCUGGCCGGCGGACGGCUCGCUGCAGGACGACGCCGUGGUGGUGGGUGCCGGCGACCUGCGGCGGAAGCUGGUGAGCCGGCGCAAGGAGCGCUUCCGCAACGGGCCCGCCGCCCCCGCCUCCUCCUCCUCCCUGUCGCCUCAGCCGGUGCCGGCGCCGCCCCCGCCGCCCCCCUCGCUGCCCCCCUCCUCCCCCCCGGGGUCGCCCAGCCCCCUGCUCAUCGCCCUGCCCGCCGCCGCCCCGCGGGGCAGCAAGAGCCGCAAGUCGUCCAAGAGCUCCAAGGACCGCGACCGACGGAGACGCAAGGAGGGCAAGGGAGGGGGCGACAAGGAGGAGAAGAGGAAGAAGAGCGCGGCGGCGGCGGCGGCGGCGGCGGCGGCGACGACGAUGAAGGAGAAGGCCAAGGAGAAGGCCAAGGGGGAGGGGAGUCGGGACAAGAGCCGGGAGCGGGAGCGCAGGGCUGCGGACAGGAGGGGGCGGGGGCCCGAGGAGGCCGGCGGCCGGCCUCGGAGCAGCAGCAGCAACAGCCGCAAGAGGAAGAAGAGGAGGCACAGCAGCCCCGAGACGUCGCGCUCGCACAACUCGUCGGGGCGUGGCGCCCACAGCCGGCGCUCGCUCUCCAGCCCCGACGAGGAGCGACCGAGGGAGAGGGACCGCGACCACGACCGGGACCACGACCGGGACAGGGACCACGACCGGGACAGGGACAGGGACCACGACCGGGACAGGGACCACGACCGGGACAGGGACCACGACCGGGACAGGGACCACGACCGGGACAGGGACAGGGAGCGGGAGAGGGACCGGGAACGAGACCGAGACAAGGAGAGGGACAGAGACCGAGGGCGGAGCGGGGACCGCGGCCGCCGCCGGGACCUGGACCGGGAACGGGAGCGGGACGGCAAGGAGCGCUCCAGCAGCAGAGAGCGCUCCGGCACCAAGAAGUCCAAACACGGGCGUGAGGGGCGUCGGCGAGUGGAGGAGGUGGUGGAGGAGGAGGAGGAGGUGGAGCGCGACGGGCGGCCGUGGGAGCGGCGGCGGCGGCGCGACGGGCGCCCGGUGGUGCCGCCGUCCAUCCAGGACCUCAACGGCGCCGACCUCUUCGCCAUCAAGCGCACCAUCACGGUCACCACCACCGUCCCGGGCUCGCCGCCCGAGCCCGAGCCUGCCUCGCCCCCCAGCCCCGCCCCCGCCCGCGGCUCAGACCGCUCGCUGAAGAGGAAGAAGAAGAGGAAGCGGCGGCAGGCGGAGGAGGCGGCGGAGGGGGGCGGGGCCUACCGCAGCCGCUCGCGCUCGCCGCCGCGCUACCACAGCUACGACUCGGACCACUACUCGGACAAGCUGGAGAUCGACCUGCGGUCGCUGGACGGCGAGGCGCUGGACUCGGACUACCCCUCUCUGGAGGACACGCCCCCCGCCGCCCUGCCCCCCGAGCCGCAGCUGCUGCGCUCCCCCAAGGCCAAGGCCGCCGCCCCCAAGGCCGGGCGCCACCACCCCAAGAAGAAGUCCCACGACGCCAAGUCGCGGGACGUCCUGGCCGAGUCGUCGGCCUCCUCCUCUUCUGCGGCGCGCACCAAGAGCAAAGGCCCCUCCCCGGCCCCCCCGGGCCCCGCCGACCCCCCCGCCCCCCCGGCCCCCAAGCGGGGCCGCAAGGCGGGCAAGGACAAGGAGCGGGACAAGGCGGGCCGCAAGGACUCGGCCCGCUCGGGGGGCAAGGCGCUGAAGAAGGAGGGCGGGGGGGGGGGCCGCAAGGGCAAGCUGCAGUCCAAGGUGUCGGUGAUGGUGAGGGAGGGGGUCAGCAGCACCACGGGGGCCCCCAGCAGCUCCGGGAAGCUGGGCAUGGACCUGGGUCCACGGGGGGGGGGGGGGGGGGGCCCCGUGGUGGGCGGCUCCAUCGCGGUGGUGUUCCGCCGGGACAACGAGAGCCGGUCUCCGUUCCUGAAGCCCUGCUCGGAGCCCCUCUCGCUGGCCGGCCGCGGCAAGGAGCCGGGCAAGAGGGGCAAGCGCAGCGCGCUGGCGGCCCCGCCCACCGCCCCCGCCGCCGCCAGGGCCAAGAAGGCCACGCCCAGCUCCACCACCUCCACCUCCUCCUCCGCCUCCUCGCCCUCCUCCACGCUCGCCACCAAGCGCCGCCGCCGCGCCGCCAAGAAGCCCAAGGACCAGGGCGGGGCCGGCGGGGGGGCGGGGCCCCUAGGGGGCGGGGCCGCUGGGGGCCCCGAGGGCCGCGCCGAGGACUGGGGCGGAGCCCGCGCCGAGAGCCCGCCGGCCGCCGGGGCCGCCGGCACGCGGCUCAGCCCCCACCCGGCCCCCGCCGGCCCCGUGCCCAGCUCCUCCUCCUCCUCCUCGUCUUCGUCCUCGGCCGGCGGGGGGGCGGCGCCCGUCUCCGGCGCCUCCCCCCCGCCCCGCACGCCGCCGCCGCCCGUCUCCGCGGCGCCGGCGGCCCGGGACGCCCGGGAGUCGUCCCCCGACUCGCAGACGGUGGACAGCAGCUGCAAGACCCCCGAGCCCUCCUUCCUGGCGGAGGACGGCCCCGCCCCUCCGGCCACGCCCACCCCGGCCCCCUGCAGCCCGCUGGGCCCCGCCCCCUCGCAGGCCGCCGGCGCCGCCCCGGGCCCCUCGGGCCAGGACGACGCCCCCAAGGCCCUGGCCUCGCCCCCCUGCUCCUCCUCGUCCUCGUCGGCCUCGGCGGCGGGGGGCGCCGGCGGCCUCUCGCUGCCGCCAGCCUCCUCGGACCACAACUCCUCCUCCUCGUCCGUGUCGUCCUCCUCGGCCAGCAAGCCCCCGCCGCCGCCGCCGCCGCCCCCCACCGCCGCCGCCGCCGCCGCCGUGCCCCUGCCCUGGAGCCUGCCCUCGGGCGUGGACUGCACCGCCGGAGGGGUGCUGGCCUUGACGGCUCUGCUCUUCAAAAUGGAGGAGGCGAAUAUCGCCAGCCGAGCGAAGGCGCAGGAGUUCAUCCACGCCACGAGCCAGAUCCUCUCUCAGGCCAAUCAGAGCCAGUCCCAGCAGCAUGCCCCGCCCUCCUCGGCCUCGUCCUCCUCCUCCUCCUCCCUGAACCCUCCCCCCUCCUCGCUGCCCUCGGGCCCCGCCCCCGCCCAGUUCCUCCUCACCAAGGUGCCCCCCGCCCACCUCCACGCCGGCCUCUCCCUGGGGGGCGGCUGCGCCCAGACCCCGCCCCUGCCCGCCGGGCUGUCGGGGAUGGGGGGGGACUCCGGGGACAUGGGAUGGGACAGUGAGAGCAAAGACCCGGACAAGUACCUGAAGAAGCUCCACACGCAGGAGCGCGCCGUGGAGGAGGUGAAGCUGGCCAUCAAGCCGUACUACCAGCGCAAGGACAUCAACAAGGACGAGUACAAGGACAUCCUGAGGAAGGCCGUGCACAAGAUCUGCCACAGCCGGACGGGCGAGAUCAACCCGGUGAAGGUCAGCACCCUGGUCAAGCUCUACGUGCAGCGCUACAAGUACUUCCGGAAGCACGGGCGCAACAUGGACGACGAGGACCGAGCCGAUCAAAAAGAGGGUCACCUGGGAUCUACCCCUGCUGGUCUUAUCGUCUGCGGCGGGGAACAAAGCUCCUCUUCAGAAGGGGAAGACCCCCGUCCAACCAGACAGCACCAGGACCCAGCUGAGACCCCCCCGCCUUGCUGGUGACCUGGAGCCAAUCAAAGGGAAGGACCCUCUGCCCCCGCCGGCCUUAAAGUCUGCGGCGGUGAAA